AUGACAGAGUGGACUUUGCUCAAACGUCUCCUGGAUGCUGUCCAUCAUCACUCCACUAUGAUCGGACGCCUAUGGCUCACAGUCAUGGUUAUCUUCAGGCUGCUCAUUGUUGCUGUUGCUACAGAGGAUGUGUAUACGGAUGAACAAGAAAUGUUUGUUUGCAACACAUUACAGCCAGGAUGUUCAACUGUGUGCUACGACACAUUUGCACCCAUCUCACAGCCUCGGUUCUGGGUGUUUCACAUAAUCAGUGUAUCCACUCCGUCGCUUUGCUUUAUCAUUUACACAUGGCAUAACCUGUCCAAGCAACCACAGAAUAGCUCUCAGAUACAAGAGACCUUCGACUGCAGCUGUGACUCGGACAGUUGCUCAAUCCAUUCCCAUAAGCAUCUAGGUCACAGCCUAGCAGAUGUAGAGGGCACCGAGGUAGCUCAAGUUGUUUCUCGUGGAGUUCUGUCCAAAUGUUACAUUUUCCAUGUUUGUCUGAGGGCUGUCUUGGAGAUUGGCUUUGUCUUGGCCCAGUGGAAGCUGUAUGGCUUCCAUGUACCUGUCCAAUUUCUUUGCACUUCUUCCCCAUGCAGGCAACCGGUGGACUGCUACAUAUCCAGGCCCACAGAGAAGACUAUCUUCCUCCUCUUUAUGUUCUGUGUAGGAAUUUUCUGCAUUAUGUUGAACCUCCUGGAGUUAAAUCAUCUGGGUUGGAAAAAGAUUCGUCAUGCAUUGAGGUUAAGAGAGAAAAAGUCUUGGGGUGGCUGUCCAGGUAUCCAGGGUGGAUAUAAACCUUUUCCACCUGAUAGCCCUUCACUCAGAUCUUCUUUUGGAUUUAGGGAUGUGACCAGUACUACCUCUCUACCCACUCUGGACCUGGUGGUGGGUCAUCAGCCUGAUUGGAGCUGUGCACUUAGCCGUGAAGUUGUGGAAGUAGAAGUCAGGCCUGGACAAGUAAAGAGAUCUGACUCACAUAAAUACGAGAGGCAGCUUCUGAAGAGCAAGGAGAUUGAAAGGUGCAAACAGAGGAGUGCUGAAGUCUGGAUAUAG